CUCUAUGAGAGGUCUCUGUAUGCUUCUUGUAGACCUUUAACCUAAUCACCAUCGCAAACAAUGCGAUUAUACAGUGAAAAUAUUUCAUAUAGUGUCCAAUAGUCUUAACUUUUUAUCAAAACAACACACGAAUAUAACAUUUGCGUGUUAGCUGCCUGCGAGAAUGGCAGCUAUACAUCGAGAAGCGAUACAAAAGCAAAUUCAACAGGACUGGGCUAAUCGCGAAUACAUAGAAGUCAUCACUGGCAGUAUUAAAAAGAUUACAGAUUUCCUUAACUCUUUCGACAUGUCUUGCAGAUCAAGGAUAGCAGUUCUUAAUGAAAAACUGACUACUCUCGAACGUAGAAUCGAGUAUCUUGAGGCAUGCGUCACAAAGGGCGAAACAUUGACAUAAUUCCUUCAUUAACAUGAUACAACCAUGGCUUUCUUUUGUAAUAAAGUUUUAUGUCUCUGUAAUAGAAUUUUAAUAAUAAAAAUAGGUGUUACUAUUAAUAAUUUAUCAACAUGAUUGUCAAUGAGUUAAAAACAGGAAUUUGACUUGUACUUG